UUUUGCAAUGCUUGAUGGGGGGUGUAGGGAAGGAGGUCCGUUGACGAAGCAAGCAAAACUCAACAAAACGCAGGAACAGAGCAAAGCGAAUUCCAGAUUCCAACUUCCAAAUUUCUUCAUCUGCCCUUUGGGUUGUUCGUUCACCCAACAACAACAUGAGCAAAUUGUUCCCUUCCGUUUCUCAUCGAUGAGGUGUUGUGCAGGUGGUCUGGUCCAGCGGUGUUCUGUGCGUGUCUAGAGAGUGGUGGAGUUAUGGAGCAGUUUACCAGUUAUAGGAAUCGCGUGCUGUUUAAUGAGACUACAGCUCCUUGCUUCUAUACUUUGUGAACUCUUCUUCUGCACCUUUGUAUCGUAUCGCCCAACCGUACUUUUCACUAUGGCUGCCUAAUGGAAGUUUGAGCGUAGCUCUUUUAACUGAUAAAAAGAGAUAUUAGCAUUUGGACUAUCAAGUUUUCGACGAUUAGCCACAUGAGUGGCAUGGUUGCUGUUAGAGACUGAAAUCUGGUGAUUGAUGACAUUCCUUGUUGACAAAAGAAAAGGCAUCUGUUCUUACUGCAUGGAUGUGGCGGCUGAUGGGGCAUAAAUGGGAAGAGCGGUCUUUCUACAGCUAUAGGCCCGUACGUCCAUCUGAUCUGGAAAUCUUAGAGCGGAUUCAUGGGGAUAUAUUUCCCAUUAGGUACGAAUCUGAGUUCUUCCAAAAUGUUGUCCAUGGACGUGGUAUAGUGUCUUGGGCAGCCGUUGACCAUAGCCGUGAUGACGGAAGAAGUGAUGAGCUAAUUGGAUUUGUCACAGCUAGGGUUGUUCUUGCUAAAGACAGUGAGAUUGUGGAUUUGCUUAAUUAUAAUUCUGCAGAUACGGAAUGGUCAUUAGUCUACAUUCUGACGCUGGGAGUGAUAGAUAGUUACAGAAAUCUUGGCAUAGCCUCUUCACUUAUUCUUGAGGUUAUCAAGUAUGCCUCCAGCAUCCCAACAUGUCAGGCUGUUUAUUUGCAUGUGAUCUCAUACAAUAUUCCUGCCAUGCACCUGUACAAGAAAAUGUCAUUCAAGUGUAUACGGAAGUUGCCCGGUUUCUAUCUGAUUGAUGGCCAGCACUAUGAUUCAUACUUAUUUGUUUACUUUGUAAAAGGCUGUCGAUCUCCUUGCUCACCACUGAAGCUUCUCAUGGUCGUCAUGAGAUACAUACGGAUUGGUUUCCAGUCGAUUACUGCAAAGCUAUGGAAUGAUGAAAGGAAGGUCGGUAGAUGGUCCAGAUGUAAAGAAGCUCAUUCUCUAAUAUAGGCGGCUCAGAACAAGAGAAUCCUCGAGUCUCAGAGAAUUAGGGAUUAGUGUAUCUUAUAUGUAUGUUUUAUCAACCAGUUGUUGGUACUUGAAGGAAGGAUGCGGAUGUAUUGUCUGCCUUUACAUGUAUUCUUACCUGUACAUGGUUACACCUAUUGUCGUGGUGAGUUGAAAUAAUGUCA